AUGAAAUCCGGUUCUCGGCUGCACUUUCCUCUCGCUAUCAGAGCAUGAGGUAAGUACUGCCGAGUACUGCGGCAGUUGUCAGAGCAGGGAUCAGCACCGAUCAUCAGGGCACUGAUGAUCAGUGCCCUGAUGAUCGGUGCCCAGCAGUGCCACCCAUCAGUUCCGCCCACCUGUGCCCAGCAGUGCACCCUCCUGUGUCCAGCAGUGCACCCACCUGUGCCACACAGCAGUGCCACCUACCUGUGCCCAGCAGUGCCACCCACCUGUGCCCACCAGUGUCACCCACCAGUGCCCAUCAGUGCAGCCAGUCAGUCAGUGCCGCCAGUCAGUGCCCAGCAGUGAUGCCAGUCAGUGCCGCCUAUCCAUCACACGUCAUUAGUGCUGCCUAUCAGUGCCACCUAUUAUUGCCCAUCAGUG